AUGACCCGUGAUUACGAAUCAGCAGCAACAGUCGCGAAGAAAUGCCAUCGCCGAGUGAGCGCCGUUCGCGCGUGCACGGCAUUGAUACUCCUUCUGGAUUGCUGUCUCGUGCUACCGACGGCGGCGGCAGCGAAUAGUCCGCCGCGUUUUCUUACCGAUCGCGGCCAGACGGAGAUCGUGCUGAGAUUGAAGGAGGGCCCGGAAACGCCGGUCGGGAGUUUCAUCUAUCAUUUGCGUGGCGUCGAUCCGGACGGCGACGAUUUGACUUUCGGCGUGUUGAAUCAACCCGGCAGCGACGUCAUCAGCAUCGAGAAAUCCAGUCGCACCGAUGCCAAGGUCUACUUGAAAAAACCGCUCGAUCGCGAGGUCCGAGACGAUUAUUCGUUGGUACUGACUCUGACCGACGGCAAAUUGGGCGAGGGCAAUUUCAUCACUCAGAGCCUGUUCCUGCUCAUCGAGGACAUCAACGACAACGUGCCGAUCUUCAAGCCCCACCCGACGAGUCUGACGGUGCGCGAGGACGCCAGCCCCGGUGUGCUCACCACCGUCGAAGCGACGGAUCUCGACGAGGGACCCCACGGCCAGGUCGUCUAUCAUCUGCAGGAGCUCGACGGCGACGACGAUGUGUUCAGCAUCACGACGGUCAACGGCCGCGGCGUCAUACGCCUGGUCGGCCGGCUCGACUACGAGAGAAAGUACCUGUAUCAGCUGCGAGUGCUGGCGGUCGAUCGGGCCAUCAACGAGAAGGUCAACACGGGCUCGACGGCGAUACUGGUGAAGGUUCAGGACGUGGAGGAUCAGCCGCCGGAAUUCAUAUCGAUGACGCCCGUCUCGAGGAUCAGCGAGAACACGAGGAUAGGAACCUCCGUUUUGCAAGUUCGAGCUAUCGACGGCGACAAGGGCAUCAACAAUCGGGUCACCUACGGCAUAACACGCGGCCCCCGCCAGCUGUUCGACAUCGACGCGACGACGGGCGUCGUCUUCACCACGGCCCAUCUGGAUCGCGAGGCGCCCGACAACAGCGACGGCUCGUUCGUCCUCGAGAUCACGGUGCGCGAGGUCUCGAAGAUCGUGCCGGCGCCGCAGGUCUCCACCGAGGUCACCGUCAUACUGAUGGACGUGAACGACGAGACGCCGACGUUUCGCAGCCCGGCCUACGUGGCGGAGAUCAACGAGAACGCGCCGCCCAACACGCCCGUGAACUUUCUCGCCGACUCCGUGCCCGAGGUGUUCGACCACGAUCUCGGCUCGAACGGCACCUUCAAGCUGUUCAUCGCCGGCGAUCAGGGCAUAUUCGAGGUGACGCCGAAGCAGGGCAUCAACGAGGCGCCGUUUCUGAUUCGCGUGAAGGAUUCGGCCAAGCUCGACUUUGAGAAAAUAUCGACGGUAAACUUCACCCUCGUGGCUAAGGAAAUAGUGGCGAACUCGGCGAAGCAGAGCUCGGUGCCCGUUACGGUGCACAUAAAGGAUCAGAACGACAACUAUCCGGAAUUCGCCGAGAGCACUUACGAAGUCUCGGUAUUCGAGAACUGCGAGGUCGGCACUACUGUGGCGUGGGUUCAAGCGCUCGAUUACGACAGCGGAAAUUACGGCACCAAGGGCAUCAGAUACACCAAUCUCGGCGGCAGCUUGGCCAGCGCCUUGGACUUGGAUUAUCUCACGGGGGUGAUAAGCGUGAGGCAGCCGGGCGCGGCCUUCGAUCGCGAGCUGAUCGCACGCCACUACCUCACGGUGGAGGCGCGCGACGAUCUCGGCCGGGGCAAUCGCAACACCGUCCAGCUGAUCGUCAACAUCAACGACAUCAACGACAACACGCCGACCUUCCUGCAGAGCAAGUACGAGGCCGUCCUCGUGGAGAACGAGGAGAACUUCGAGUCGCCGCUCGUCGUCGAGGCCUUCGACAUCGAUCUCAACGGGUCGCGCAACAGCGAGGUCGUCUACUCGAUCGUGCCCAGCGACUUUUCCCGCAACUUCAGCAUCGAUCCGCGCCGAGGCGUCAUCAGACCCGUCAGGCCCAUGGAUUUCGAGGCUCUGCCGCUUGCGACGACGUCCGCCGUGAAAUCGGCCGGUGGCAGAUCCGAGUCGAUCGUGAGACCCAUCAGGCUGACGAUAAAAGCCAAAGAUCUGGGCUCGCCGAGUCUGAGCUCCGACGUGCCGCUGAUGAUCUACUUCAAAGACGUCAACGAUAACGCGCCGAAUUUCGAGAGGGCCGUGUACAAGAAGAACGUGCCGGAAGAUUUACCCGGCGGAACGAGUGUUUUGCAGGUGAAGGCUUGGGACAAGGAUCUCUCGUCGCCGAACAACAAGAUCGUGUACAGAAUACAGAGCGGCGCCGGCGACAAGUUCGUGAUCGAGCCGGAGACGGGCACGAUACGCGUGGCGCCGGGCUCGAAUCUCGACCCGGAUCUCACGUCCAAUCGCACGGCCAAGUAUAGUUUGCGCGUGCUGGCGAUCGACAGCGGCGCCGAGAUCCAGCGCUCGGCCGAGGUCCAGGUCAACAUCACCAUCAUCGACGUGAACAACAAGCCGCCCGUCUUCGUCGAUCCCGGCACGGUGACCAUUCGCGAGAACACCCAAGCCGGGGCUUACGUGCACCGCGUCGUAGCCAACGACCCGGACAUAGCGCCGAUCUUGCGCUACAUAAUCGACGCCAACUCGUCGGAAGCUCGCAACGAGGAGGGCAGCCUAAUCCGCAUUCAAGAGUACGAUUAUCUCGCCGCGCUGGAGCUCAACUCCGUGGACGGGCUGAUACGCGUGGUAAAGCUGCUCGAUCGCGAGAGAGUCGAGACGAUCAGGCUGGCUUUGGUGGUCGAGGAUCUGGCCGCCGUCAAAGGCGUUCAAACGGCUUCUGCCGUGCUGAACAUCGUGGUCGAGGACGAGAACGACAACGAUCCGAAGUUUCGGCACGCGUUCUAUCGGCGCCACGUGACGGAGAACAGCAAGCGGGGCGCGCACAUCGUCAGUGUGGUGGCCGACGACGCCGACAAGAAUCGCACCAUCGCCUACACGCUCGAGAGCCCGCGCGACAUCGCCGAGCUGGUGAAUCUCGAUUCGGAAACCGGCGAGCUGACCGUGGCCAAUAAGAUCGACCGCGAGGUUCACUCCUGGCUCAAUCUCACGCUUCGCGCCACCGACUCCGGCACUCCACCGAGAUCGAGUCCAGUCGACGUGUUCAUACAGGUGAUCGACGAAAACGACAAUAAUCCGUACUUCGUGACGAGCAUCGCUAAUCUGACCGUACCGGAAAACGCCAAAAUAGGCACGAAGAUCGCUUCGAUCUUGGCGCGUGACGCCGAUAGCGGCGAGUACGGAAAGAUCACUUACCUCCUCGACAAACUAUCCUCACAGGGAAAGUUCGUCAUUCAUCCGGAAAGCGGCUCGUUAACAGUCGCUGACACGCUCGAUUGGGAGGCAAAGAGUUCCUACGUUCUCGUUAUCGAGGCUUGGGAUAAUUAUCAAUUCGGCUAUACGACCGGCGAAUCUCGCAAUGCUUUCAAGCAAAUUGAAGUAACCAUUGCCGACGUAAACGAUAACGUGCCGAAAGUCGAGAUACCCGAUGGGUGCGCGACCGUAUCCGAAUUUCACGACAUCAGAGAUAGCAUCGUGUUCAUCAAGACCAAAGACGCGGACAAUCCGCUCACACCGAACGGCCGUACGAUGAUACGAAUUCUCGAAGGAAACGAGCGAGGUUACUUCACGCUGGAGCAAACAGACUACUGGACCGCUCGCUUGAAAGCCGCGGAAUCCCUUCGCGGUAGAUUCGGCACGUACUCGCUGAGAGUGGAAAUCCAAGACCUCGGCGUGCCGCCCAACAAAGUUUACGCCAAGCUCGACGUCUGCGUCACGGACUACAACGACAACGCGCCGGUUUUCACGAGUCCGCCGCACAACACGACCGUACGAAUACCCGAGAACAUGACCGUGGGAACCGACGUUAUUCAAGUGCAAGCGAAGGAUGCCGAUAUCGGCAUGAACGGCGACGUGCAUUACCGGCUCAAACACGAUAUAGCGGGCCAUUAUCGAACUUUUCAAAUCGACGACAAAACCGGAUGGAUUCAAUUGAAAUUGCCGCUUGAUCGGGAGACUCAGAAGCUAUACGAGAUCCGAGUUGAGGCUUACGAUUUGGGCACGCCGACGCCGCUGAGCUCCGAUCUCGAUCUGAUUAUCUACGUGAAAAACAUCAACGACUACGAGCCGCAAUUCACGAUGGACGUGCACAAGGUCAAUUUUACGGAAGAGCAGCCAGCGAGCCUGGAAAGAGUCGGGCUGCCCGACACGGUAGACAGGGACGAGGUCGACGACCUGGACGAUCCGCCGAGCAGAGUCUGUUACUUCAUCGUCGGUGGCGACGACGACGAGGGAGCAUUCGACCUUGACAACGAAACGCACGAGCUCACGACUGUCGCGAUACUGGAUCGAGAGGCCAAGAGUACCUACGAGAUCUACGUCAAGGCUACCGAGGACUGUUCGAGUACGCCGAAACGAGUGGACGGUUUCGAUCCUCGCGACGAUACGCUGUUGAAGGUGAUCGUCAACGUGAACGAUAUCAAUGACAACCCACCGCAAUUCGUCAAUGAAAUUUUCACCGGUGGUGUGACGACCGACACGGAUUUCGGCACUCAGCUCAUGAGUGUGAAAGCCGUCGAUGCCGAUGAAGGUGUCAAUGCUGACGUAACGUAUUACAUAAUCGGCAAAACGCAAAUGACCUUGACCGAGGGUUUCGAAAACAUUCAAGAGACGCCGUUUUUGGUCGAUGAAAAUACCGGCGCUGUGAUAUUGAAUUUCGAUCCACAGCGCGGUAUGAAAGGAUAUUUUGACUUCACGGUUUUGGCAAACGAUACCGAUGGGCUUCAAGAUACUGCAAGAGUUUUUAUAUAUCUACUGAGAGAGGAUCAACGUGUCAGAUUUGUUCUUCGGCAACAUCCAUCAGAAAUUCGCAGCCGAAUCGAAUAUUUCCGAGAAAUACUCGGUAACGUGACCGGUGCCAUUGUAAACGUGGAUGAAUAUAAAAUUCACCAAAAUCACGACGGAUCGGUGGAUCGCACAAGGACGGAUCUUUAUCUGCACCUGGUAAAUCGACAAGAUAACUCAAUUUUAGAGGUGUCUCAGGUCUUGGGAUCGGUCGAUCACAACAUCGAAAAACUCGACGAUCUGUUCAAAGAAUUCAAUGUUUUGGACACUCAGCCCGCUCAAGCUCAGUCCAUGGCUCAGUUCGAGCAAGCCAGCACUACUCUGUGGUUGGCUACUCUCACAUUGUUUUUAACUGGACUUCUAAUCAUAUGCGUGGGCUUGUGCUUGACUCAGAGGGCGAAUUAUCAAAGACAAUUGAAAGCUGCGAAUGCUACGCCUUUUGGUGUGAAUGAUUCGGAAUUUUUGCGAGGUCCUGGGAGAGUUCCUAAUACCAAUAAGCACAGCGUAGAAGGAUCUAAUCCCAUUUGGAUGCAUGCAUAUGAAAAUGAAUGGUUCAAAAGUGACGAAUCAAUAAGUCAUAAUUCGGAAAGAGAUUCUUUGGAUGAAAAUGCGGUAAUAAACGAAGACGCAAUGAACGAAGCAAAUACGAACGCUAUAAAUGCAAAAGAUAAACCAUAUUACACCCAACAAAGGAUCACCUCUAUAUUUAGCGUGGAAUCCGCAACUUUGGAAGAAACGACCGACGAAACGGUCGAAGAAAACAGCGGCAAUCAGAGUAAUCAAAGCAAUCGCAAUGUAUCACCCGUUCAUCGAGGCCAUAAUCAAGUACUGAACAAUCCGCUCGAGCACAAUGUCGAAACGACGGAACUCUGACGUUUGAAGAGGGGCCAAAGGUUGGCCCGAAAAAGAAACGAUCGCAUGAGAGAGAUGCGAGCCAAAUUUUGUACAUAUUUUUAGUUCUUUAUUUUUUUCCACCUAAA